CCCUUUGAAGUUUUCCCAAUGAUAGCUAUUAAUUUUAAUACCACUAGUGACUAUCAUUGGAAUGAGUAUGACAAAGCAAAUAGUUUAUAUGUCUUAGUUGCACUAGGGGAUUACGAAGGAGGAGAGUUAUGUUUUUCUCAGCUCCAAAUGGUCGUACAUCUUAGGCCAGGACAAAUCGUAGCAUUUGCCUCACGUUUAUUACUUCAUACUUAUAUUAAGGCUAGAAUUAAGAAAGGUGCUAAUAGACCAAUGGUUUCUAAGCAAGAUCUCAAUAAUGCUCAGAGUUUGAACCACCGGACCCAUCUUUCCAAACCAAAAGCAAAACAAAUACAG